GGGGGCCGACUCGGCCCACAAAGAAGAAGUGGAAGAUGGUGGCGACGAAGCAGCGGACAAAGCACGAAAGCUUCAAAUUUGUAAAUGUCAAAUGAAUCCUCAACUUGCUCCUUUGGUUAUCUUCCCUCUUAUUUAAUUGCAGAAGCAAGUUCUAGUUUGGCUUCUUCAACUCUCUGCCCUUCAAGUGCUCCAAUUUUUCUCCUCCUCGCCACUCUCCGCCUUAUCUUCCUUCCUGGGUUCAAUCCAAGUUCCUCUAUUUGAACUUGCAUUGCUCGAAUUGCUUUCCCCCGCAGAGCGAUUGGCGAGGCAUACUGCGUUUUCUGAUCCCUGAUUGUUGUGAAAACACGACAUGGAGGGACAGUGUGCUAUCAAGAGAGAUGUCACCGAGUUAAUAGGCAAUACUCCAAUGGUUUAUCUCAAUAAUGUUGUGGAAGGCUGUGUAGCUCGCAUCGCCGCGAAGCUUGAGAAUAUGGAGCCUUGUUCUAGCGUUAAAGAUAGGAUUGCACUUAGCAUGAUCCAAGAUGCUGAGGAAAAAGGCCUGAUAACUCCAGGAAAGACCGUCCUUAUCGAAGUCACCGGCGGCAACACCGGCAUUGGUUUGGCUUUUAUUGCUGCCAUUAAGGGCUACAAACUUAUCCUUGUCAUGCCGGCUUCAUAUAGUAUUGAGAGAAGGAUUUUGAUGCGAGCUUUUGGAGCUGAGGUAUAUCUCACGGAUCCGGCCAAGGGAGUAGAUGGGGUCCUUCAAAAGGCUGAGGAGAUCCGGGACAGGACACCGAAUAGUCACAUGCUCAUGCAGUUAGAGAAUCCUGCGAAUCCAAAGAUUCAUUAUGAAACUACUGGCCCAGAGAUAUGGAAGGACUCGGGAGGAAAGGUCGAUGCCUUCGUUUCAGGAAUAGGGACAGGAGGAACUGUGACUGGCGCGGGCAAAUUCCUCAAGGAAAAAAACCCGGAGAUCAAGGUGUAUGGUGUCGAGCCAGUUGAAAGUGCAGUCCUGAAUGGUGGAAAUCCAGGCAAGCACUUGAUACAAGGAAUUGGUGCUGGUAUCAUCCCACCAGUUUUGGACGUCAGCUUGCUCGACAAAGUCCUCCAAAUAUCAAGUGAGGAAGCUAUUGAGACUAGUAAGCUUCUUGCCCUGAAAGAGGGUCUAUUGGUAGGGAUCUCUUCAGGGGCUGCUGCUGCGGCUGCAAUAAAGUUGGGAAAGCAGCCAGAAUAUGCAGGAAAACUGAUCGUUGUUGUUUUCCCUAGUUUCGGAGAGCGUUAUCUUUCGACCGCCCUUUUCGAUUCGAUCAGGGACGAGGCUCAAAACAUGACUUUCGAUUAGAGCGACAGUAGCCACAAAUCGGUCCGGUGUUAGCAGUGAAAUAAAUGGGUUGCCUAUUUAUGGAGAUCUCGACUUUACUGAAAUGUCGGCUACGGGUUUCCACGUGCUGAUGCCGUUCCGAGCACAAUGCAACAACUCCAAUCUCACCCCCAGGAAGGAAUGACUUGCUUUUGUUCGAGAUUCAGCAUGUUAAGAUGUUUUCUGGAACUUAUUUGUCGAUGAGACGUUACAUAUGAUCUCCCCCCAUCCCUUCUUGCAAUCUUAGAGACUUCAGCAUCUAAAUAACAUGUCUGUAAUUUCCUAUGAAAUUUAUUCCAUUACAUGCUUCGGUCCGGUUC